AUGCAAGAUGCCGAAGUCGAAAAGUUAGUUGCAGCUGCAAAUGGAGAUUGUGAGAGUUGUACUGUACAUGGUACAAUCUACUUGUUUUCAAAUAGCUGUUUAGAUCUGGUAAACGUGGUAUGCGAUCGCAACCCGUCACUGCCGUACUGUAACAGAAGUGUUUUACGCCGGAAAGAAGCAGAUUCUCCAGAUGACCCAUUCAAAGAACAAUUUGUGCCAAUCAAUACAGAGGAGGAAGAAAGUGAACUCGAAGAAUCUACUGAAUUUGAAGAGGAGACGACAAAACGAACAAGCGUUAUUCAGUUCAUUUCGCUCUACCACGCCGAUUCCAUUGCCGCGCCAGAAUCUGCUCUUCACCGUAUUUCCAACGCUACAGAAAGAAAAGGACUGGAGAAGCGUUUUACUUUGCGUUCUAGGUACUGCCCAGUGAAUCAGUACACGUUCCAAACCACCUGUUUACCUGGAAAGAAGCUUCGAUAUGACCUACAGGUUUUUUGCCAGGAAUUCUCAGAAAUGUGUGGUGUGCCAAAUAUCAAUCUCUACCCAAGCCGGCAUGCCGAUCCGACAGAUGAAGGCCGCCCUAAAGGUUAUGGUCAGAAGCAGAAAAACGGCCAAUUAGGGCUUGGGAAAAGUUUUGGCUUCGGUCUUGGAGCCAUACCAGGUUUUGAAGUUGUGACUAGCCAAGGAGCAGAUAUCGGAAAGGGAAAUAUUCCAUUCCUCAAUCAGAUUGGUGGCAUUAUUCUCAACCAGGGUAUGGAGUUAGGAGCCCUUGGCCAUCGAACCGGUAAAGGACCUGCGCGAUCAAUGAAUGCUCUCACACAUGGAUAUCCGUCGUUUGGAAUUGGCGGUGAACCAAACAACGGCGAUAAAAAGCUCAGUCAAGAAGUUCUGAAAUCCUUUGGUAUACCGAAUUUACCUGGUCUCAACAAAGUUUUUGGAAAACUGGGAGGUAAUCGUUCGAAUAAGCGUGUGCGUGGUUACGAACCUGGCUACGGAGCGCUUAAUCCGAACGCACCAGUAGCAAUCGGCAAGGUUGAUCACGACGCUAUCAAUCUUCCUGGCGGAUUCGGUGAAGUUGAAAUUGAAAAAGGAGGUGGAUUCGGCAUUGGAAAGAAAUGA